AUGGCGGAGGAGGCGGGCGAGGGGCUUCCGCGCUCGGUGCUGCCGGGCCCGCUGAGGGGCGGCGGGGGAGGCGGGGGGGUCCCCUCGUGCUCGCCCCCGCCGCCCCCCUCCGCGCCGCUCCCCGCUCCCGCCGCCUCCGUGCCCCCCGUGCCCCCCGCCGCCGCCGCCGCCGCCCCGCCGGGCCCGCGCGUGGUGCGCAUCGUCAAGUCCGAGUCCGGCUACGGCUUCAACGUGCGCGGGCAGGUCAGCGAGGGCGGGCAGCUGCGCAGCAUCAACGGGGAGCUCUACGCGCCGCUGCAGCACGUCAGCGCCGUCCUGGGCGGAGGGGCGGCCGAGCACGCCGGGGUCCGCAAGGGGGACCGCAUCCUGGAGGUAAAUGGCGUCAACGUGGAAGGGGCCACCCACAAGCAGGUGGUGGACCUAAUCCGAGCCGGCGAGAAGGAGCUGAUCCUGACCGUCUUGUCGGUGCCGCCGCACGAGGCCGACAGCCUGGACCCCGGCGAUGACUCCCUGGGCCAGUCCUUCUACGACUACACGGAGAAGCAGGCCGUCCCCAUCUCCAUCCCCACCUACAAGCACGUGGAGCAGAACGGGGAGAAGUUCGUGGUUUACAAUGUUUACAUGGCCGGGCGGCAGCUGUGCUCGAAACGCUACCGCGAGUUUGCCAUCUUGCACCAUAACCUGAAACGGGAGUUUGCCAAUUUUACCUUCCCUCGCCUGCCCGGGAAAUGGCCUUUCUCCCUGUCGGAGCAGCAGCUGGACGCCCGGAGACGGGGCCUGGAGGAGUACCUAGAGAAGGUGUGCUCCAUCCGGGUGAUCGGGGAGAGCGACGUCAUGCAAGAAUUCCUCUCGGAAUCGGACGAGAACUUCAAUGGGGUGUCGGACGUGGAGCUCCGGGUGGCCCUCCCCGAUAUCACGACGGUGACCAUCCGGGUGAAGAAGAACAGCACUACCGACCAGGUCUACCAGGCUGUCGCUUCCAAGGUGGGGAUGGAUAGCGCCACCGCCAACUACUUCGCCUUGUUUGAAGUGAUCAACCAUUCUUUUGUGAGGAAACUGGCACCCAACGAGUUCCCCCACAAGCUCUACGUGCAGAAUUACACCUCAGCCGUGCCGGGAACCUGCCUGACGAUCAGGAAGUGGCUGUUCACGACCGAGGAAGAGGUUCUCCUGAACGAUAACGAUUUGGCCGUCACCUACUUCUUCCACCAGGCAGUCGAUGAUGUGAAGAAAGGCUACAUCAAAGCCGAGGAGAAGUCCUACCAGCUGCAGAAGCUUGGAGAACAGAGGAAGAUGGUUAUGUACUUGAACAUGUUGCGGACAUGCGAGGGCUACAACGAGAUCGUCUUCCCUCACUGCUCCUGCGACUCUCGCCGGAAGGGCCACGUCAUCACAGCCAUCAGCAUCCAGCACUUUAAGCUCCACGCUUGCACCGAGGAGGGGCAGCUCGAGAAUCAAGUCAUCGCUUUCGAAUGGGACGAGAUGCAGCGAUGGGACACGGACGAAGAAGGGAUGGCCUUCUGCUUCGAAUACGCGCGGGGAGAGAAGAAGCCAAGAUGGGUCAAAAUCUUCACCCCUUACUUCAACUACAUGCACGAGUGUUUCGAGCGCAUUUUCUGCGAACUGAAGUGGCGGAAGGAGGUGGAAGAGGAAGCCACCGACAAGGACAACAAGAACUGCAGCAAAGACAGCUUGUGUAGCAAGAACAUCUUCCAGUUAAUGCGGACAGAGCAACGGGACAUCACGACUUGACUCCGCUUCGGACAACCGACCGGCCGACCGAAAAGCGUAUUAUCCCCCGCCCCCCUUUUCCCCCCCCAACCCCAAAACCCUUCCUGGAAAACAAAAACACAAAAAAUUAACACUUUUCAAAAACGAGGAGAAAAGAAAAGAGGUUUGAGAAAGAGGGGAACGGUUUACUGUAUUAAACUCAUAUUAAUUCCA